GGUCUGGGAAUGAUGAUGAGAAGAAGUCCUACAAAGAGUUGUUGGAGAUCAUGAAGAGACACAUUGCACGUGUACGUGAGGAUAGAAACAUUGCAGCCAGAGACAAGUUUGCCACAGACUACACCAAUCUUGGUAAGCCAACUACCCCUGCACCAAAGCCUGCGGCUCCAACACCCACACCAAAGGAUGGUAAGACCGGAAAGCCAAGUGCGCCAGCACCUAAGGGUAAGCCUGGAGCCCCCGUUCUCCCAUCCGGCACUCCAAAGAGUCACGGCAAGGGGAAAGGCAAGGGUGGUCGAAGAUCUAGAUCGCCUUCUACCAAAGACACUUCCAAGACCUUUUGUCACUUUCACUUCAACAAAGGAAAUUGCAAGCAUGGUGACAAGUGCCAAUACAGUCAUUCUCAAUAUCAUUGGGACAAAAGGAAGGACAAGGGUGGUAAGGGCAAGAACGGUAGAUCGGCCACACCAAGAAAAUCACAGACACCUGGUGGAAAGAAGGACCGCAACUGCUAUGGAUGGUUGAAGGGUGAUUGUCAGAAGGGAGACAAAUGUACUUUCAAGCAUGAUCCAAGUAUGAAAGGCAAGAGAGCUGCCCCUUCGACGAAGACAUCCGAUGCCAAGGCCACUCCUGCAUUGGUCCGUGAGUACGAUGAUGACUUCAUCGUGAACGCUGUGCCAAGCGAGAAGAAGAACAAGAUGGAUGUCAAGUUCAACUAUCAUGUGGAGAUACAUGAGCACGUGAAGCCUGACUUUGUGGAAUGCUCCAACAGAAAGCCAAGAAGGAACCUGUCUCGAGCUCAGAAGCGAUCAUUGACGUGCAGAACUACCAAAGAAAUUAUGGAUGACCAACAAUGGAUGUUGCAAUCCAAAUUGGGCAUGACAAGAGCACGUGCGAUUGGCAUACUGAUAGAUGACUAUGAUGAGUUUUCAGAUGUCGACGAAGUACAUGUUAUCCUGGGACCGAAGAACAAUAUCAAGCUCAAGAUCAACACCAAUGAGUAUCUAGAGAACAACCCCCGAGCUGAGACACGCUAUGAGGCUGAGUUGGUGAUGAAGGUGCUGGGUCUCAUGGGCAACAAUACAGCAUCGAGGACGAUAUACCUUGAUGGUGAGAGUGGUGAUGAAAUGUCUGAAUCAGAUGACGGAGUUGGUACGUACGUCGACGGGCCAACAAAGUCCCUGAGGAAGACAAAGAAGAAGAAACGAUCUAGACAAAAGACAAAAGGAAAGAUCACCAACCGUGUUGAACAUCAAGAAGAAGAGUUCAAUCGCAUGAUGGAGGAAAUGGACAUCAAACUGGACAAAGAGAAAAGCGACGGAGUCGAAGUUGUUGAUGGGCCUCCUAUGCCUCCUCCAGACGGUGAGCCUCCGUAUGACGGAUCACCAAGACCAAAGAGCAGCUACAGUCCUGAAGAAUGGAGAUCAUUAUCCGCCAAGGAGAGAGACGUCAUCAUUCGUCGUGGAAAACUCGAAGAAGAAGCUGAUAAGCUCAAGGAGAUCAAGUUGAAGAAAGAGAAAGAGAAGAAAGCCAAAGCUGAGGCUGCUGAGAGGAAGAAGAAGUCCGAAGCGAGUUCACACAAAGAUCCACCCAAAGAUGAAGGACGAAAGAAAAAGAAAAAGAGCAAUAAAGACUCGAAGGAGAGCUCAGGCAAAGAUGGCAGCAAGGACGCUUCUGUCGGAGUGGGGAAGCUCCGAGGAGAUUGGGAACGUAUACCUACGCCCCAUGAUCCGAUGACGACGCUGAACCACAACAGAGGUCACAGCACACGGGAAUGUUUAUCAACAAUCCGUGGAGCUAGUGAUCUCAUCAACAUCAAGAAGCGCAACACUGCCUCUCCUGCGACUCCCAGCCAGUAA